AAGCAGGGGUUCCGCAUUCGGAGUGUGUUGUUAUUGUGCUUCUGGUCAGGCGGCCGGAGAGCAGCCGCUCAAGAUGAUGGAGAAUUCAGCGUCAGACUCAGAAACUGAAGAUCAUGUCCAGCCUUUAUUACGCCGGAAAGACACCGGAGACCUUCAGAAAGCUCCUGCUUGCUGCUCCUCACGAUACGGGCUGGCCUUCUUGUCCUGUUAUGGCUUCUUUGUGGCAUAUGCCCUCAGGGUGAACCUCAGUGUGGCAAUGGUGGACAUGCUGAAAAACAGUUCCGGUGCCAACAGCAGUUCCUCCGUCUGCCCCCAUCACAGCAUCCCUGUGCCCAAACACAAUCACACUGCCAGUGUGUAUGACUGGGAUUCAGAGACUCAGGGAUGGAUCCUGGGCUCUUUUUUCUAUGGGUAUAUUCUUACUCAGAUACCGGGUGGCUACUUAGCACGCAAGUAUGGUGCCAAGUGGCUUUUUGGUAUCGGCAUCCUUUGCACUGUGAUCUUCACCCUGCUGACUCCAGUAGCUGCUGAUCUGGGAGCCGGUUAUCUCAUCGCUGUCAGGGUGUUGGAAGGCAUUGGGGAGGGGGUGUCCUAUCCUGCUAUGCAUGCGAUGUGGGCAUCAUGGGCACCUCCUCUGGAGAGAAGUCGACUGCUCACUGUCUCUUACACAGGUGCUCAGCUGGGAACUGUGGUGGCUCUUCCUCUGUCUGGCCAGAUAUGUUUUUACCUAGACUGGACGUACGUCUUUUAUAUAUUUGGAGCUGUCGGACUUCUUUGGUUUUUCCUUUGGGCUUGCUUUGUCAGUAACAGUCCCAGCUCACACAAAAGGAUAUCGGAGGCUGAGAAGGCUUACAUAAUGGCAUCUUUAAAAAAUGAAUUGUCCCCAACCACAGAUUACAUCCCUUGGACAUCAAUCCUCAAAUCUAUGCCAUUAUGGGCCAUAGUUGUGGCACACUUCUCUUACAACUGGACAUUUUACACUCUGCUGACUCUCUUACCCACCUACAUGAAUGAUAUACUUGGAUUCAGCAUCCAGCAGAAUGGGAUGCUCUCGGCUCUGCCCUAUCUUGGUUGUUGGUUGUUGGCUUUGCUGGGCGGACAGCUGGCAGAUCUCCUGAGAGAGAGAUAUCUUAUCCGCACUGUAAUUGUGCGUAAGGCAUUCACUAUAGUAGGAAUGGUGGGACCUGCCGUCUUCCUGGUGGCUGCUGGCUACACUGGAUGUAACUUUGUCUUGGCUGUAGCCUUCCUCUCCAUCUCCUCCUCUCUUGGGGGCAUUUCAGCUUCUGGAUUUAACAUCAACCACUUAGACAUUGCUCCAUCAUAUGCCGGCAUAUUGCUUGGGAUCACAAACUCGUUUGCUACUAUACCUGGCAUGGUGGGCCCUGUAAUAGCAAGAUCUCUGACCAAAUCUAACACCAUUCCAGAGUGGCAAAUUGUCUUCUACAUCUCCGCGGCAAUCAAUAUAUUUGGAGCUGUUUUCUUUACAAUAUUUGGCAAGGGCACAGUCCAGCCUUGGGCUGUCCAGAGAAUACACAUCCAAUGAAAGACGUCCAAAAGGUCAAACGGCAUACCUCUUAGCAGAGAUCUUAGCAGUAGUUGCAUAUGGUUUGCAAACUAAUGAAUAUUGCACAAUCUAGUGUUGUUGUUGUUGUUGUUUUUUUUAUCAUACCAACAAACCGUGACUUUUGGUAUUUUUUUAUCAGUAAUGUCUGUAUUACAUUUCAGUUGCUUUUUCAGACAAUUUAAUUUUUUUUAAAACAAAGGUGCGAUAAGGGAAGAUAAAACAUGGAUGUUGCCUCCUGUCAUGUUGAGUUCUAAUCACACUACCAGUGCAGUCCAGUAUGCACUUGUGAGCCGACUCUGUUUAGUGAAUGAAAAACCUGUGUGAAUCAGCCAGAGCGAUUACUGAAUUAAUCUGACUCACUUACAGAACCACGAAUUAACUUGUGAACUGUUUAAAGUAUGAAGUAUAAAGCUCAUGAGACCCAUUGUAGCUGUUCUUAACACAGCACGUCUCAUUUGUUAAAUCUGAUUGAAUCUUAAAAAUUUAAAUCAUGAUCGUCAAGCGAUUGGAGUAUUUUGCAAUGAACAUCCCUAUGAAUUAUGCCUUAUUGUAGGCCUAUGAUUAUCACAGCAUGCCUUACUUAUACAGAGGCAAUAGGCCUUGGGAGAUUAUUGGUCAACUCAUGUCAGAUUGUUAAGCUGUACACCAUAUGAUUUAUGUUUACAUUUUAUUUCUUUCUAUUUUGUGCAGCUGUUACCACGUGCCACCAAAUGAACCCGUGUCAAUUACGUUGCAUACUCUGUCAGUUGUCAAGAUGCUACAAUACAUGCUCCAUCACCUGUCAAAUACUUGUGAUCUAAUAAAACGAUUGCGCUCGUUUA